AUGGAAAAGCAGCGUUCUUACGAGGAUUACACCUACAUGGCCAACGUCAUGUUCAAGACCCUGGGAUAUGAUCUAUUUGACUCAUCCAGACCCAGAUGGCAGAAUCUUCUGCUACGCAGCUAUUUUGUGCUGUGCGUGGUGAGCAACUUCUACGAGGCUUCAAUGGUGACUUUAAGGAUCCUUCAGUGGGAGUCCUUGGCCGGUAGCCCGUCCAAAAUUAUGCGGCAAGGUCUCCACUUCUUUUACAUGUUCAGUGCCCAAGUGAAGUUUGUCACAUUUAUGACAUAUCGAAAACGCUUACGUUUGCUGAGUAAUAACUUGAAGGAAAUAUAUCCGCAUGAUGAGCAAAAGCAAAGGGAGUACGGUGUGAACCGAUUUUACUUAUCGCGAACAACUCGCUAUGUCUUAGGUUUAUAUUACUUUACAAUGGUCCUCAUGGCAUUAGGACCUCUCAUUCAGUCCUGCAUUGUGUAUCUGAUAGGGUUCGGAAAAGCCGAGUUUCCCUAUCUACGCAUUUUCCCCACGCGUCUUAGCUUCGAUUCAGAAUCGCCCUUGGGGUAUGUGGCCGGCUAUGUAAUAGACUUUACUUAUAGUCAAUUUAUCGUGAAUGUGAGCUUGGGAACAGACCUAUGGAUGAUGUGUAUUUCCAGUCAGAUCUCAAUGCACUUUGCCUAUCUGGCCAAGUUAAUUUCAUCCUAUUGUCCGAGUAGAGAAACAGAAGAACAAGACUGCAAUUUUCUGGCAAUAGUGGUUACAAGACAUCAACUAAUUCUCCGCUAUCACAAGGAUGUAAAUAUUGUAUUCGGACUCCUUUUGGCCUCCAAUCUUUUCACCACUGCCAGUUUACUCUGCUGUAUGGCCUACUAUACCGUAGUGCAGGGUUUUAACAUGGAGGGCAUUUCGUAUAUGAUGCUCUUUGUGAGUGUUGCAGCCCAAUUUUAUAUGGUCAGCUCACAUGGACAAAUGCUCAUCGACUGGAGUACCAAAAUAGCAGAGACUGCCUACGAAAGCAGGUGGUUUGAGGGUUCUUUGCGAUACCAAAAGAAAAUACUCUUUCUAAUGGGCCGGGCACAACGUCCUGCAGAAAUUUCAGCAAGAGGAAUUAUUAUUAUUUCUCUUGAUACCUUUAAGAUAUUGAUGACCAUCACAUACCGUUUCUUUGCGGUAAUACGCCAAACUGUAGAAAAAUAG